AUGGAUUUUCAUUGCUACGAACUAUUCGGUUGGUGCACAUUUAUACUUUGUGCUCACAAUAAUCCAAAAUCCGACAACAUUACGAAUUGUGCCAUAAAAUUCGUGCAAAUUAGUAAAUCGUACCUGAGAAGCACGGAAGAGACGGAUGAGGUGUACGAUUCGCUGAAAAUGACAACUUUACAAUUCCAACAGUACUAUCGUUUGGUCUUUUCUUGGUAUGAUACGCUUUGUGAAGUGUCCAAAUUUAAACCAUCCGAUUCUCGCCUAAAUAUUUUGCGAGCCCUGAUUAAGAAUGUCUUUGCAUCUAAAUCUGACACAGAGUCAAAGACUUUUGAAGAAUGUUAUGCGAAUUUAAAAGCAAAUUCAGCACGAUUUUUCAUAUGGACCGAUUUUGCUGGUAUCAGGGUUGAGGUGGAAAAUUUUUUUACCAUAAUGCACGAAUCUUUGAAGUUCCUGUCAGUUAUACAUUUAAUAUCUCUAAACACUUCAGUUCUGGAGCAGAAUCAUUAUUUAUAUUUUGAGUCAUUAAAAAUUGGCAUGCUUGAUGCCGAAAAAUAUUUAGCAUCUAAUUUAUCAGAAACAAAAGAGAUUAGAUACGUAUCCAUCGAACGUUUCGACGAGUUGUUCAGAAUAUUGAGAGAUUGCAAGCAUAUGGUAACAAAUUUGAUCUUUUUUUUUGAAUCGAGGAACAGUUCACUUAUUCGGUUUAUGAAUAACGAGCCGCUGGCUCGAGUCGAUGAUCUGAAAUCCGUUAUGUUUCCGAAUAAUGACAAUAAAGCGAAGAAAAACGAUUUUUUGCAUCCCUUAUUGGAUCCGCUUCCAGAAAACGAUGAUAUACCAACGACUAGUAUUGUGGCUGACAAACGCAUUUUUGGGUUGGACGAAAAAAGCUUUGUUAUAGGUGAUUGCAACGAAAAUAAAGGGAAUUAUAAAAGAUGCUUAGGAUGCUUACGCCCAGAAAAUAUGAUCGGUCAAAUGGUUUGGAAGCGAUUACAGCCGGAUAAUAGCGAUGAAAAGCGUGAUGAAGGAGUAGAAAAAAAGUUUAAACCACAUAAUAACUAUUGUUGGAAAUGCGGGCACGGUUUCAUGUUCAACCGAACAGGUAUCUGGACACCUUGUGGAAAGGAUGACAUAAGAGUACAAGAGUAUUUAAAGUGUUUCGAAUAA